UUCUACCUGGACUCUCCUUUUCUUUUUUUUUUCUCCGAUUAAUGUGGGAAUUUCUAACCCCCACAGCGAACGUGGUGCCUCCUUUCAAAGCUAUUUUAAUAAUAUAAUAGAUAGAUAGAUAGAUUACCGUAUUUCUAAAUACACCAAUAUUUAUUAUCUAUUUCUUUAUUUGACCCAUAAUUUAGAAGCCCAUCAACUCCUCAACCAAAUAUAUGAGUGCAAAGUUAAAAGGGAGACAAUUUGUAAUUUGCAUAGUGUAUCCUUGAAUUAAUUUUCUUAUAUUAUAUGGUUAUGCGAAAUAAAAUGUGUGAUUUUAGAUAUUUGUUAUUGAUUUUUGUCGAUACCAAUGCAUUUUCGUUCAUAUUGUUCUGUUUUUGGUUUCCGAUAUUAUUAUACUGUUUUUAUUUUCGAAUUUACCGUUUUCGUUUCCAAGAAAACAAUUGGGAUGUUUUCGGACCUUUUUCAUCCCAGGUAAGAUCCACAGCAACGCCAUGAACACGCAGGUCGACGUCGAGAAUGUGGACGUGGUCAUCAAGCCUAGAAUGGUACCUGCCCAUCAGGGUUGGCAGACUAGCCUCUGCGACUGCUUCGGAGACGGCUGCGAAUCAUUUUGUUUGAGUGCUUGGUUCCCUUGGUUGUCGAUUUCCUGCAUCGGUGAAAUCGUCGAUCAAGGCUUCACAGAGUGGUGCUGUAUCUGCUUCAUCUACCUCAUUGCCGCUUAUUUCGGCGUGUGGUGGGCGUACGCGGGGUGGUACCGCGGAAAGCUCAGGGCGCAGUAUGGCUUGCCGGAAUCGCCCCUGCCGGACUGCCUCACCCAUCUCUUCUGCCACUGGUGCGCGCUGGCUCAGGAGCACAGGGAGCUCGCCGCCCGUGGAUACAACGUUGGGACGGCCGGCCGCAGGUGGCUGCAGUACCGCCUCCGUCGCGUAGUGCGCCCGCAGUCCAGGCUCCGAUGAGGCGAUGAACCAGGAGCAAAUAAAUAGCUCGCUCCGUCCACCGAACGAAGCCAUAAGAUAAGUGGCCCAGUGCGAGCUGUCUAUCUACCAAAAUUAUAACAAAAUUAUAAUAGAAAAAAUGAUACCUCGUGAUAUUUUUAUAAAGACUGUAAAAUUACUUAUCUAUAUAUCUAUAUCCAACAGCUGUGUAAAGAAGCCAGGCAUCUGAAUAAUAUUUGACAUCGCCCUAGUUUGAUAAACUAGGAAGAGAAGAAAAGCCCGUCCACAUAAGCAGGCAUAUGUUUCUCAAACUUUUUAUUAUAUAUCUUAAAUAUGUGAGAUGUAUAUCUAUGUGUCUUCUUUAAGAAUAAUAUUAUUCUACUUUAAAUUUGUUGUAUUUUUUUUUCUCACUAUAAGUUUAUAAGUUUUAGAUUGCUCUAAACGUUGGUUAUGGUUUUAUUGCAAGUAUCCACGCAGUGGUGGAUCGAAGAAUUUUCUUGAAACUCCGCAAAGCUAAAAAUAGAUAACAAAUGUACACAAUUUCAUACUACUUCAAAAAACAUUUACUAUGAACGUGAUUGUGAUUUUUUAAGCAUUUGCUUUGCUGGUUUGCUUAAGUACGGUAAUUAAGUACUUCCUACUGUUGUAUGUGGCUGGAUGGUAAAUAAUCACAUAAAUCAAGUCCUAAUCUACUGCUGUGUGCGUUGAAGCCCGGGCAGCUGCCCAUGUGGCUCCGCCAUUGUAUCCAUGGAACAAAUUCUAAACUAAAAUUGUUAAAACUACAGAAUCCCAAGACUAUGGAAUCUUGAAUUUAUGUAAAAAUAUCGUGUUGCAAUAAUUCUGUUAGUUAUUGUGAAAUUAUGAAACUAUAGAUGUUCUUUUGAAUUUUUUAGCAUGCUUCUAGAAUUCAAGCUUCUAAUUCCGCUUCAGAGUGCCUCGCCAGCAUAUUCUACGACAGAAAGUUUGACGGGUGUCAAUUGGAAAUUCCACAUUAGCUAGGGACCGGAUUUUCCAGCCGGCAGCACGGAGAAGGCACUGAUGAUCCUAGGUCAUUGGUGCAACUAUAACCUUUGAGGUGCACACGAUGCAAAAAAAAAAAAAAAAAUUGAGGCACACACGACGCA